AUGUUUCCAGAACACGACUUGAAGUUGGAUCAAAUCCGACUCACGGAAAAUCCAAUCGACGAUUACCAACGUACUUGGCUUGCAACAGAUGAAAGACAGCCGCCACACGUGACGCGGUCGCGGUACCGCACCUGUGCGGUGCAGGGCUUCCACGACGUUUUGACGUCUGGAGCAGCAGCCACGCUGUCACCAGCGUCGUCGGUAUCGCCAUCGUCACCAUCAUCGACAUCCUUAUCCGCACCAGCGUCUCAGACCCGGUCCGGACUCGACUGCUCCGAGUACCUCUUUCCAGACGUGCUCUCGCACGCCACGCUGACACAGCCCCAGCCUGUGGACCAGGAGCAUCAAGCGCAACCACACCAAAACCAACACCGUGGCUCGUCCAAUGGCGAUCUCAACUCACUCACAAAAAAUCAGCAGUUUCGGCUGCGACAGAUCCAAUAUUCGGACCAACACGUGUCACGUGCAAUCAACCCGAACAAUUGUGUCUUGUGGGACCAUCACACGGGGUACGUGUUUUUCACGGGCAUUUGGCGUCUGUACCAGGACGUGAUGCAUGUCUUGGUGUCGCUGGAUCGACCAGACGGGCCCGAUGCGCCUGACGGCUUGGAUCGCAAAGCUCACUGCCAACUCGAACUCGACUACGUGCUCUUCAAGUGUUUGUACGAACAGCCGCAGCCCAUAGACUCAGAAACCCACUUUUCUAGGCGCAAGCCCGCCUCAAAGCGUGGGAACCGUCGCACCAGUGUGCCCAACACAAGUAACACAUCAACAUCAGCAUCAGCAACAGCGGCUGCGGCUGCUGCUACAGCUUCUGCAUCAUCAUCACCACAUUAUUCUGAUAUCCACUGGCACAAUCUCGACGCGCAACUAAAGCAGGAUCUUUGUCGCAUCUAUCGGGAAAACUACCACCCUAAUCGCGAAUUUGAAUUUCACGACCUCAUGAAACGCAUCCGCGGUGGCUACAUCAAGAUUCAGGGCACUUGGCUACCAUUUGAGCUUGCAAAGUCUCUCUGCAUUCGCUUCUGCUUUCCAAUCAGAUAUCUGCUGGUGCCUAUCUUCGGCCCUGCUUUUCCUCGCGAGUGCGAAGGCUGGUACGAAACGUUUGUUGGAUUGUUUCCACCAAAAAAGAGCACCAACGAGGCUCGUUCCACGUCAACAGUCUCUACUGUUCCUGUCAAACGUGCGCGCGACCGGCCCAAGAAAUUGGACUUUUCGAAGGUUUCCUCAUUCAAGAAAGCUCGUGUCGACGCUGAGUUGCUAGAUGCAUCUCAAAACCUGCUUAAGCUCUCGCGCAAUAAUAUGAGCCCACGGACAACAAACCCGGCAGUGCCGGUGUCGCCGAUGUACCGAAACAGAGCGUCAUCUUGGAGCCCCGGGUUCAAUACUUCUCCUAAUCCCAUGCAUCCAUCUCACUUACAAGCAUUACCGCCAAUCAAACCCUUACUGGACUCUUUGGAGUGCAAUUAUCCUUCUCCACCGAACUCGGCCACUUUUAAAAAUAACAAAACUAAUGCUGGUAAUAACACCGAGUACUUUUCUUCACCACUUGGCAGCGACACCCGUUAUUUCAGUCCUCCUGUGUCGCCCGGUUAUAGCUCCUCAAGCACAGGAGCCAGGUUCCACGGUGUUGGCGCCAUCAAUGACACGGAGUUCAAUUUUGUGGCCACCCCCAACUCUUCUCUGGCAUUAAGGAGACAACCGAAACAGCCAGCGACUGCCCUUCACCCGUCGAUGGAAAAUACGCGCACUGGCCAGUCCACGCUUGGUAACAUUGCCCAUUUUUACAACUCUCACGGACACAAGUACACUUAUCCCGGUGGCAUGCAGGUCAUGUACCAUCCCCAGAAUAUCCAAGUUUCAAAAGAGCAGCAGCAACAUCAAUUGCACCAAUCCCAGCCCUCAGGUAAGGACGAUUUCUCUGUUGGUGUUUAA